GCCUGUGAGGACCCUGCACGCAGCCUCUCCUUGCGCUCCUUUUUUUUCUUCUCCUUUUUCUUUUUUUUCCCCCUUUGCUAUCAUCAAAUGAUGGAACCAGUCUGCUGGAAGUCGUUUGGGUUGAGAGAGGUUUUUUUUUUAAUCGACAGUGAGAACGUUACCAGAGAGUUUUGAACGCCGUUGUAAAUUUUAUUUGCAGAGCGAUGGCCCUGAGUUUGAAGUGUUUGCUGCUCUGUGCAGCUGCAUUCACAGUUUCUGGUGUUUUUGGCAACAAUGAGAGCAGUGAGGUGUACAGGUGGACCAGGCAGAGCCUCCCUGAGCUGCUGGACAGGCACACGGCACUUUUAAGCACACCGUCGUUCAGAGGACAGGAGGAGGAAGCAGAAAGAGGAAGAGGAAAGAUACUUUGCGGAAUAGAGUGUCAAAGCAGCCUGCCACCGAUGGACCUGACUGAGCAGGAGAGAAUUCUGGGAUAUGAGACUUUGUAUGAAAAUGGCACUCGCACACACACGGACAUCAGUUUGCAGGGGAUCAACAAGACGUUCACAGGAAGAACACCAGCACACCUGGGAGGUGUUCCCCGCAGGAAACGGCAAGUUUAUGGAGCAGAUGGUCGUUUUGUGAUCUCAGACUCCCACUUCAUCACCAACUACCCAUUUUCUACUGCAGUCCGCCUCUCUACAGGCUGCACUGGAGUCCUAAUAUCUCCAAAACAUGUGCUAACAGCAGCACAUUGUAUCCAUGAUGGCAGGGAUUAUCUGGAGAGUGCCAUGAGACUUAGAGUAGGGGUGUUACAGCUGAAGUCAAAAAGAAAAGGGGGGGGCAGGAGAAGAGGUGGGAGGCGAAGGGGAGGAAGAAAAGGAGGGGAUGAGAAAGGUGAGGAGCAAGGAGAGGAGCACCUACUGGAUGAAGCUGAGGAGAUGAAUAGUUUAGAUGUGGAGAGAGGGAGAAAGGGAGAUGAAGGGAGAAGACGCAGAGGAAGAAAAAGGGCUGAAGAGGGAACAGCUGAUGGUGGAAACAAAAAGUCUGAGAGAAGAGGGAGAAGAAAAGGUCUCAAUCGUAUACGACGCAGUGCUGGACCCACACAGGAACCCGUCUUUCGCUGGACUCGAGUUAAACAAACCAAAAUCCCUCAAGGAUGGAUCCACACCAAGAGCUCUGCUAAUUCUGUUUCCCCCGACUAUGACUACGCCCUUCUGGAGCUGAAACGACCAGUAAAGAAAAAGUACAUGGAGCUCGGGGUGGCACCCUCUGCUAUACCCCUGACAAGGAUCCACUUCUCAGGCUAUGAUGCUGACAAAAACCUGCCUGAUGGGAGUGGAGAGGAGAAGGUGGUUUAUCGUUUCUGCUCAGUGGCAAAGGAGUCUGAUGACUUGAUGUAUCAGCACUGUGACGCGCAGGCUGGUGCAACGGGUGCAGGUGUUUACAUCCGACUCAAACAGGAAGCGGGGCACGCAAGCGGUAAGGGGAAGUGGCAGAGGAAGGUGAUUGGUGUGUUUUCAGGCCAUCAGUGGGUGGAGGUGGGCGGUGGUGAACAGAGGGACUUUAAUGUUGCAGUGAGGAUCACGCCUCCUAAAUACGCCCAGAUCUGCCACUGGAUCCAUGGAGAUCCAAGUCUUUGUAAAGAGGUCUGAACAUACAGAGCAAUGGAUCUAUGAGCUGAUGUUACUUUCAAACAGACUCAAAGAUCAGAGCUACUGUGCAUAAAACUUUAGAGAAGUGUUUUAAAAUUGGUGCUAACCAUUGAAUUCUUGAUCAAAAUGUAUCUUUAGAAGCUUUGUAUAGAAAACCUAAAAUGUAAUUUUUAUUAGAAGUAUUGAAAAUGAUUUCUUAAGCACUGAAACAUCCAAAAGCACAUCUCCAAAGUGCAAUUUGUCAAGAUAAGGCUAAAUAUAUCGCUCAGCCUACCCAAUAUUAGAGGUUCUUCAACUCAUUUCAGGAUGGAGGAAGAAAACUGGGAAAUUUACUCAACAGUUCCAAUCACAAUAUUCAUUUAUACAUGAAUGAAACAUAUGUGGGUUAUUACAUCUCCAAUAAAACAUUCCAAAUAAUGUCAUAAUUGUGUCUGCAUUUCCCACAGUGCAGUUCCACUGCCAUCAGUUGGAGGCUUGAACAAUAUGAAUCUCUUUAAUCUCCUAACUGCAUAUAAAAUAGCCUGAAGCCACUAACUUUAAGCACAGACAAGGAGCAGACUGCAGGGCUGUGGAUGCUCAGCACAUGUGUGAAGUUUGCCUUUGAGGUGAUUUUUUUUAUUAUUACUAACCUUACAUUGUCUCUGCUUAAUGCUUCAAAGGGGUGGGAUUUCACUCUCUAACCAACUGUGACAGAAACCUGACAAUAACAUAAGAAACUUUUCUGGCAAAAAGCCCUAAAAGCAAACUUCUCCCACUAUAGUCUUUAUCACAUCCCUCCAUGACAAUAAAUGCUUUAAUAUAUGAUAAUUUCCUGUUUCUCAAAACACACACUUUAAUGUGCAAAAUCAGUUCCAGGUUCUUCUUUUCAUGAUUUGUCACUUUAAUUUGCAUUUUUUUCUUCAUUUAACUGUCAGCUUAGUAACAAUCAUCACAUUUUCUAUGAUUUAGAUAAAUAAGGGAAAUAAAAACUUUAGGUAGAAUCACACUAAUGUGAAUAUUUAAUUGUAUAUAAUAGGAGUGUGGGUCUUAGAAGAGCUGUAGCUUUUGAUAAAUAUAAAAAUGUGAGCAAAUUUAUGAAAGAUUUCAGACAAAGAUUUAGAACAGUUUUAUAUACACUGAUCUGAGAUCAGCUUCCUUGUCCAAGUUUGUCAGACCAACCUUGACUUCAAGACUGCUGCAUUUGUCUCUGAUUCUGGAUCUGUAUCCUGUUCAGCCAUUUAUUAGGUCAUUUAGAGAAGUUGUUUUUUAUUGUACUUAAAGGAAAUACUGGUCUACAUAACAUAUGUAUGAUUUUUUUAAUGCUGUAAUCUUGUUGAUUUUUGGCAGUGGUGAUGUCACAAACACAUUUUCUUGUGUAAU